AUGGAGUUCUACCUGGAAAUCGACCCUGUCACCUUGAACCUGAUCAUCCUACUCUCCAGCUACAUCAUCUUGCUCCUGGUUUUCCUCAUCUCCUGCGUGCUCUAUGACUGCCGAGGCAAGGACCCCAGUAAGGAGUACGCACCCGACGCCUCCCUGGAUGCCCAGCCCUCCAUCCGCCUGGUGGUGAUGCAGCAAGGCUCCCCGGGGGCCUCCUGGGCACGGGGGUCCAGCCUCCACUUUGGGAAUCCCGCCCCACUGGGGAAGAAAAGCACCAUGGUGUGA